AUGAGCGAUGCCGCGCCAGCGUCUGCCGACCUGCGCUACGAGCAGUACGAUGGCACGAAAGAAGCGGAAUUCCUCCCCGCGAUCCGGCAGCUGAUCUCCAAAGAUCUCUCCGAGCCCUACAGCAUCUACGUCUACCGCUACUUCCUGUAUCAAUGGGGGAACCUCUGUUACAUGGCUCUCGAUGCCUCGAACAAGCUCAUCGGCGUCGUCGUUUCGAAGCUGGAGGAUCACCGCAGCGGAACAUUUAGAGGCUAUAUCGCCAUGCUGGCCGUACAGGAGGGAUAUAGGGGGCAAGGUAUUGCAACACGGCUGGUGAAAAUGGCCAUCGAUGCCAUGGCGGCGCGAGAUGCGGAUGAGGUCGUGCUCGAGACUGAAGUCACGAACACCGCGUCCCUGAAGCUGUACGAGCGGCUUGGCUUUUUGCGGAGCAAGCGCCUGCAUCGUUAUUAUCUCAACGGCAACACGGCGUUCCGGCUCGUACUGUAUCUGAAGGAGGGGACGGCGGUCAAGAUGCCGCAGCUGCUGCAGCAGCAAGCUUUGUGUGGUGACGAGCACGGAGCGCAGAACCCGCUGCUUGUAAAUCAUGAUCUUGUUCAUUGA